AUGGAACCUUAUAUCAAACCAGAAGUGAUACGUUGUUACCCCAAAUUAUGUCAUUCCUUCCCUCCUAAUACAAUUUCUCGAUCAUUAAAACCAAAGCCAUAUCUGCCUCUUCUGCUCGAUCCAUCAACAGUGUUUGUCCUCGACACCAUGGCUAUGAUGAACCAUGUCCACCAUGUGGCUCUAAAGAUGGAAUUCGCGUGGACUGAUGAUAAUUCACCUGAAGGUCCAAAAUGUAGAUUUUUUAUAUGGAAUGACGAUGAACUGGAGGAGGGGUAUUACAAAGACCAACUUCAUAAGAUGAGGUUUGAGCUACGCAGAAAGGAAGACCACAAUGAGGUAACAAAUACACAGAAGAAAUUGGUUAAGUUGCAGCAAGAUAGGGAAGCUGAGAAGGAAGUUUUCGAUAGAGAGUUUACGGAACUGAAGAAGGAAAACACUCUGAUGAAGACUUACCUGGGAACUACUAAGUGUUUGAUCUUAUUUUUUUUUUGUCAUUGCAAUCAUUGGGAUGUGGUUGAAGUGUGGUUGAAGUGCAGCUGA